AUGCCAGGUAACCCUACAGCUAAUGUAACUCUUGAAUCGCUCCAGAGUUCACUGCAGAAUCUAAUAGUUGAAACAGCUCAACGUAAUAACCAGCUGCACGAAGAACUGAGGCGGGAUUUGAAGGAAUACAACGAAAAUCUUGAGAAAAAAAUAGCGUACCUAGAAAAAGAAAAUCUUAAUCUGAAAUCAGGAAUUGCAGAUCUGAACAAUAAAUUGCGAACUAUCGAGCGAAGACAAAAAAAAUAUAAUUUGAUUAUAUAUGGACUCCAGGGCGAUACACCAGAUGAGACCAACUCAGGAGUACUAACAACUUUCAACGACAUACUGAAAGUGGAUUGUGGUCGUAGAGAUUUAAGAGACGUAUACCGAAUAGGAUCUGUUGUGCAAGAAGGCAAACCAAGGCCGGUUGUAGUGGAAGUUGUACACUACGAUACGAAACAAUCUAUAUUAAGCAAUUUGAGUAGAUUGAAGGAUACUGGUAUCUUCAUUGCCAACGAUUAUAGUACCGAAGAUUAUCAGGAAAGGAAAUAUUUGGGCGAACAACUGAAAAUUGCGAAAGAGUCAGACCCGCUAGCUAAAAUACAGAAGGGAAAUCUACUUUAUAAAAACAAAAAGUACACAUUACAGGAUUUGAAACAGAAUUUGCUUGGGUUCAGCCUUCCGUCCACAACCCUAAUAGGAAAGGAAUUGGAGGAAAAAAAGCGCGGACGUUCACGAUCAGAUGAAAUAGACGAUAUCGUACCGAAAAGAACAUCUAGCCGCUCUACUAAGAAAAAAUAA